AUGAUGGGACGAUCGCAAUACGGCUUGUUACCGUUCAUCGAACUGAACGGAGAACACAUUGCCGACUCGCAGAUCAUUAUCAAUCGCCUGAAGAACCACUUCAAAGUAAAGGCCAGCAAACGCAUUAAUGCCGUCAUCGGUAAGUUUCCUGUUGAGGAGUUCGAGAAAUUCCUACACAAGGACUUUGACGCAUAUCGAGAUCUGUUGGAUGACAAGAAGUUCUUCUUUGGCGACGAAAUUAGCACGGCUGACUGUACAGUAUUCUCACAUUUGGCUACGAUUCUGUAUAUUCCUCCAAACAACUAUGCCAAGCAGCUGCUACGAGAAGAGUACCCAGAACUCGUUACUUACUGCGACCACAUACGGGACUCGGUCUUCGGGAAGGAAUUCGCCGAGGAAUGA